AUGCAAGCUACAACAGCCAGCGCUCGUGCUACCAUUGAGGCGUUCCAUGCGAGACUCGCUGCAGCCGAGAAGCAACAACAUCAAGCUUGGGAACAACAGGAUCAACAACAAUUCCAGGACAUGUACAGUCCAUGCAACUCUUCAUCAACAUUUCACGAUCUCCAGUGUGGGCACAGGAUCCAGACUGAGUAUACUGCAAGCUGUGGCGGGCUCUGCGCACGCCCUGUCCAGGGCUAUCCCUUUGUCUGUCCAACAUGCCUCAUCGACGUGGUGCGCGCCGAAGUAGCUCUCGAAGGGCUUACUUUGAAGCUGAAUCAUAACGAGGCGGUGGAGGGUUCCGGAUCGAGUCAGGAGUCGGAGGUGCGCCGUGUUGCCGAACAAUAUAUCGCAGCCAUGCUCCGAAGAGGCUAUCGCGCCUGUAAGGCCGUCGCCAAGUUUGACGAGCCGCGUCUCCAAUUCUUUGACGAGUUUAUGCGACAGGAUGGUUUCGGCGGCGUAGAAGAAGAGUGCAAUAAAGAGGAGCCAGUGACGCCGCGCAAACGUCCAGGCACGGCAACGGCAAGAAAAGCAAAGCAGAACGGCUCGGACCAAACACCUCGAACGUUGGAUUUCCGUGAUUCUGCUACCGGCGGCGCUCCUGCAGAGAGGAAAAAAAUGGCUGAUAUGAACCAAGCAGUCGGUGGCGCCAUGGGUGGAAAUCCUAGCCAAUCUGUUGAGACAUGGGUCAACCUUCCUCCUGAAAGCGCGGCCACAGAGGCAGUACGGAAGGCGAUGGAAGCUUUCAGUCUACUCUAG